AUGGACGUGCUCAAGAAAGUCGGGUGCUGGUUCGCUCCUCCGCCGAACAAAGCGGAGGACGGCCGUGAUGCUUGGCCUUCGAGAGCCUCCUUUCUUCUGGCCUCCAUGGGCGGAUGUGCCGGAAUGGGCAACCUCCUUCGGUACCCAUCUCAGGUGUACAACAACCACGGCCUGCAGUGGUACAUCCCAUAUCUAAUGGCCGUUUUCAUUGUUGCCAUCCCGGUUCUCGUACUCGAGAUUGCCAUUGGACAAGCCUACCGUGGUGGUAGUGUUGUGGCCUACGCAAAUGUGAAUCAGAGACUGAAAGGCUUGGGACUUUCGUUAAUCUACGUUGGAUUUGUUGUCACGCCCUACUUUGUGGUCAACUUAGCGUGGAUCAUGAGCUACUUCCGACACUCGUUCACCAGCCCGCUACCAUGGACCAACGAGCCCGAUUAUUUCUUCAAUAGAAAGGUUGUUGCCAACGUGGAUCCAAUUGAGGGCAAUCUUACAGCAGAUGGUACCAGCGUAUUGAACUACACCGAGUAUCCCGGUACCGCCCUGUUGGGAGAGACGACCGGAUGGGCAGCAUUCACCUUCUUCCUCAUGUACAUCUCCAUUUUCCGCGGGGUUGGGCUUACGGGUCGCGUCGUGUACUUCACCAUGGGCCUGCCUAUUGUUGUCACUAUUGUCUUGAUUGGCAGGUCAGUAUCGCUUGAGAAUGCGGGUGAAGGUGUGAAGCUUUACUUCGCGACAUGGAGAGGCGAACAACUCGCACGAGGUCAGGUCUGGCAGACAGCUUGUGGUCAGGUCUUCUUCAGCACUGGAGUAGGUUUCGGGUACUUUACGUCGUACGCCUCAUACAACCGCCAAUAUUCCAACGCAGUCAUGGACUCAAUCUUGAUUGUAUGCAGCAAUGUGCUCUUUGAGAACAUCGCCGCAUUCGCCGUCUUUGGUGUUGUUGGGUACCUCGGCAUGCGACCCGACCCAGAGAACCCCAUCGGAGGCUUCAGCGUUGGGUUCCUCACCCUGCCCCAGGCAGUGGCCGAAAUGCCUGGUGCCAACUUUUGGGCUGUAGCAUUAUUCUUCACUCUCAUGGUCCUAGGCUACAGCUCAGCAUUCGCCAUGUUGGAUGCCAUCGUGACCCUGGUAAUGGACGCAGGAAUCAAGGCUAGCCGGCCUGUCGUUGUCACAACUCUCACUAUCAUGUCUUUCCUUCUGUGCCUUCCGUACUGCACAGAGUUCGGCUACUAUCUUCUGACGGGCAUUGACCGUUGGACGAAUGAUGUUGCGUUAGUUUUUGUUGUCUUUGCCGAAUGCAUUUCAUCGACAAGUGUUUACCGAUAUAAAGAUGUCAUCGGACAAGUCGGCAAGCCAGCCUUUGUUAUCUACAACACAUGCUACAUCCUAGCUAUGGUCCUGGGAGUGGCUAUCGCCCAUGCUGUGCACUCAGGAGCUGGGGCUGGCGUUGGGUUCGGCAUCUUCAUCGGCGGAAGUAUCGCCUCUAGUGUCAUUGGCAAAAUUCCUGACUCCAUACCACCGAGAUUCUGGGGGAAGAAUGCUCUCAUUAGCAAAUUUUGGUACUUGGCAUUUUACUCCGGAAACCAGCUUCGCAGAGAUCUCAACGUCGUCAUCGGCAGCGGAAAGAAUUGGAACAUCCCGACAUUUUGGCCUGUAUUACUUCGGUACAUCUCAGGGCCAAUCUUAGCUAUCGUCUACGGCUUCUCAUACCCGUCAUUUUAUGAACUCCGCUACGACCCCUUGCAUAUCCUCGGCUUCGCUGUCGGUCACGUCGCGCUCAUCUUGAUCUUGGCCGGCUUCAUAGUGCCACGAUGGUUCAACGUCUUCAUCCCAGCGCAUCGUCGCAACGAAGGCAAGAUGGCCUAUGCUCCAAAUGUCACAAUCGGUGCAGAUGAGGCUCAGGCCAUUGCUGCUGGGACUUUGGAGCAGGGAAAUUCGCGAACUCACUCACAUUCGGACCAAGGCGUGGGUCGAAAGGAGUCGCCUACUCAUGAUGGCCUCAUUACAGAGGAGGAAAAGAAGACUGCCCUAUGA